GUUGUAUCAUGUCUUUAUCGAAUUUUCCCUAACCCACACCACGAACCAGAAGAGGAGUCGCCCAACGAACAAACCACACCCAAAUCAUCAUGAGCUGGCAAUCGCAUGUCGAAGCCUUGGAAGCAAACGGCCACGUGACAAAGGUUGCGAUACAUGGGCAAGAUGGCAACAAGUGGGCGAGCAGCACAGACUUUGACCUGAAUCCCGACGAGGUGCGCAGCCUGAUCUACGCCAUUGACAACGAGCAAGCAGCGGCAUUGCUACCACAACACGGCGUCCUCGUCCAUGCCACCAAGUACCAGUACCUCCGAAGAGAUGCCGGCCGCAGCAUUUACGCAAAGUCGAGAACGGGCGGGGCGGUUGUUUGCAAGACGACAAAGGCGGUAAUCAUUGCCACGUUUGAGAACCCCAUCUCGGCAACCGAUUGCGUUUGCGACGUGGAGCGGUUUGCAGACUUUCUCGUGUCCAUGCAGAUGUGAUAUCCUUGCUGCCAUUACUGUCGUGAAUAGUGGUUGAUUGUUGUUGAUGUCGUCGUCGUCGUCGUUGUUGUUGUUGUUGUUGUUGUUGUUGUUGUUGUUGUUGUUUGGUUGGUUGCUCGUCAUUGUCGCUGUCGUGCUACCGCUGUCGUUGCUGCCCUUGCGCGCGACUGUGCCCCUUCUCCCCGCCCCCGUGUACAUAUGCCUCAACCGUUUGGCGGGGUGGUACUGCCCUGCUUUUUUUCUCUCCGUGUUAGCCAGUUAGGAGAACACCCGCUGCUUUGUUGCUGUUGAUGCAUGCUGCAAUCUGUGAGCCACCUUCAGUCCCUUUCACUCCUUCUGCCUUACGUUCGUUCUUCUUAACAUUGAACCGCCCAUCUCCAACGUGCGCCACGCAUGUAAGGCAUGUGGUGAU